UUCGUCACUCCCAAGCAAGUUCCAAGCUCAAAACCAACAUCAGCGACACAAUCAACUACUCUACAAUUCAAAAAGACACACAAUACAUACACAGACCAAAAGGGCCACCACCCAGCAUCAGCGUUAACAAUUCACAAUGUACAGGGACGUGUCGGCAUGCAAUACAUACAACUACGGCGACGCCCUCUACUGGGACGCCCGUUACAUUCAGGAGGGCGGUUCCUUCGAUUGGUAUCAGCGAUACUCCGCCCUUCGACCCUUCGUUCGCAAGUACAUCCCUCCCUCUUCCAGUGUCCUCAUGGUCGGUUGUGGCAACGCCGUUAUGUCAGAGGACAUGGUUAAAGAUGGGUAUGAAGAUAUAAUGAACAUUGACAUUUCAUCAGUAGCUAUAGAAAUGAUGAGGAGGAAGUACGAGCACGUUCCUCAGCUGAAAUACAUGCAAAUGGAUGUUAGGGAUAUGAGCUUCUUCCCAGAUGAAUCAUUUCACAGCGUCCUUGAUAAAGGAACUCUUGAUUCAUUGAUGUGUGGUACGGAUGCUCCAAUUAGUGCUGCUCAAAUGCUGGGAGAAGUGAGCAGGCUUCUAAAACCUGGAGGGGUCUAUAUUUUGAUAACUUAUGGUGAUCCAACAGUGAGGAUUCCUCAUUUGAGCCGACCUGUAUACAAUUGGAAAAUUGAAUUGUACAUUAUACCCAGACCAGGAUUUCAAAGGCCACCAGGUUCUACUUCAUCUGUAAAAUCAUACUUGGAACCUAUUCCUACCACGGAGAAGGGCCUACUUCCUGCAGAUUUUGUAAUAGAAGAUCCAGAUUCUCACUUUAUAUACAUCUGUAGAAAGAUGGAGGAAACAGACCUAAACUACAUACCGACCUUUCCAUUGAGGGCUGAUGUUUUAUAGAAGUAACUUAAUGGAAGAUCUGGGAUGCUGGACGUUGGUUUCUGUCUCUUGAGCAUGAAAAUUCGCUAAUAUUAUUUGUAUGAUUAUUGCUCGUACAACGCAACUAAUCCUUAGGAAUCCUUGAUGAUACUAGUGCUUGGAGAAGACUUUUUCAUGCUCUUCAUGGUAGGUUAGCUUUAGGAUUUGAACACGAUAGAACGAAUAAAUGAACCUCGAUAGAAAAAUUCAAAAUUUUAGCCAAAAUAAUCUCCACCUACAAUCGGUGUUGUAGUGUAUAAACUGAUUCAUCAACAAAACUAAUAAACAAAUUUCAUGUUGUAUUUGUGUC